AUGGGCUGCCCAGGAAGGAAGACCCUGUCUUUCUUCCUUAUUUUUGUGCUUGUUUAUCGUCAUGGAGCUUUGUCACAGAAAGCUGACCCUACAGGGCAAAGAAAACCAUUUUUUGAGAGGCUCCGCAGACUGGAGGAGCAGUUUCGGAGGUUCCAGGAGGUGACCUUAACACACCUGCAGGCCAUCGCCAGCAACUACAACCUGUCCUACAACAUUGAUGCCCGGUUCCAGAACUUGACACAGGAGAGCCAGGCCUUGGCUCUGGCCAUCAACCAGUCACAGGCCACUGUACAGAGCGACCUGGGCUACCUCAAGACCUGGAUGCGGAAGACACAACGCAGAAGCCGGAAGGUGGACUCCAGGCUGCUGGCCCUGGGUUACACCCUGAGGGAGAGGAGCCAGCAGCAUACUCGGGAGAGGAAGGAGCAGGAGGCACAGAGAGAAGCCCUGUCUGGCCUGGCCCUAGACAUGCGGGCCCUGCAGGACACACUGGCUCACCUGACACAAGUUGUCCAGAGCCAGGGCAUCAGGCUGGCUGCUCUUCAGGUGGCUUGUCCUGGCACCACAGCCCCAGUGCGGGCCCCUGCCCAGCCUGGGCUACCAAGCCCAAGCUCCCUGAAGCUGCAGGGGGUCAGGCAGGCAGGCAGUGCUUCUCCUGAACCCAGGGACCAACCUCAGGACUUUGCUGGCCAUCUCCAAGGGACACAGGAGCCCCCAGGCCCAGGCAGCCAGUGGACAAGGCCCCCUGAGACACAGGCAGAGAUUUGCAACGUGGGACCUGCACUCAUCUUCCCAAAUACCUCCACCAAGAACGUGGUCUUCCUCAGCCGCGGCUUCCUCUCAGGCCUGCGGGCACUGUCUGUCUGCAGCUGGGUCCGAACAGCCUCGGGCCACCUGGGCACCCUCCUCUCCUAUGCCACCGAAGAAAAUGAUAACAAGCUGGUGCUGCACGGCCGGGACUCCCUGGCCCCCGGCUCCAUCCACUUUGUGAUUGGAGACCCAGCCUUCAGAGAGCUGCCCCUGCAACCGCUAUUGGAUGGCCAGUGGCACCACGUGUGUGUCAUCUGGACGUCCAUUCUGGGUAGGUACUGGCUCCAUGUGGACCGAAGGCUAGUUGCCGCCGGCUCCCACUUCAGGGAGGGCUAUGAAAUCCCUCCUGGAGGGUCCCUGGUGCUGGGCCAGGAGCAAGACAGCGUGGGGGGUGGUUUUGAUGACUCUGAGGCCUUCGUAGGGACUGUGGCAGGCCUAGCCAUAUGGGACCGUGCACUGGUCCCCAGGGAAGUCUCACACCUUGCCACCGGGAAGGAGCUCCCGCCUGGCGCCAUCCUGACACUGGCUGAUGCCGCAUUGACAGGUGGAUUUGUGCAGAGGGUAAAUUGCACCUGCCUAGAGCUCUGCCCGUGAGGCCUCACCACCCGGGAACUGUGAUCAUGCUCUGGGCUUGCAAGAGCUAGUUUCCAGCUCUG